UAUACGUUCGAACCCGCAGUCACAAACCUAUACAAGUCUACCCGAAAUAUCGAUGAAAUGGCCAUAAGAAAAUCAAACAAGUUGCCACAAGCUGUUGUGCUAAAGAAAAUCUUGAAAAGGUGUUCAAGUUUGGGAAAGAAAAAUGGCUAUGACGAUGAAGAUGGUCUUCCCACUGAUGUCCCUAAAGGCCAUUUUGCUGUCUACGUAGGAGAGAACCGAACCCGAUAUAUUAUACCAAUUUCUUUCUUAGCUCACCCUAAGUUUAAGUCCCUUCUCCAUCGUGCCGAAGAGGAGUUCGGGUUUAAUCACGAUAUGGGCAUUACCAUUCCCUGUGAAGAAUUCGUUUUUCGAUCAUUAACUUCCAUGCUGCAGCAGAAGAGAAAUAUUUAAAAGUUACAUUUAAUAUUAAUAUUAAAUAGAGCUAAUACCCUAAAAUCUCUCUAAACUAUCAGAUUUUUGUCAGUUACAUAUUUAAAAUGUCGUGUAUCUCCAAAACCCCCUGAACUAUCAUUAAAACCCUCUCGUGUGUAUAUUGCUAGCAGAGAUGGAGGCAAGAUGAAACAACACAUGGUGUAUUGCUUCUCUUUUU